GUUGGAUUCUGAGCGAGGCAGCGGCAACAGCCCAAGUUGAAGAAGCAGCAGAAGUCGGAGAUAAAACUAUAUAUAUGCAUAUAUAUAUAUAUGAGAACGCAGCCUGGAUGGCCAAGGAGUGCUAGCUAGGAAACUAGCCCAGAGUAGUGUGUGAGCGCGUGUGCGUGUAUGAGUGAGUGAGUGAGUGAGUGUGUGUAUGUGUAUACAUACAAUUCAAUUUGUUUAAGUGUGUGAGCCGCGAAAGAAAAGUGGAAAAGUGGAAGUGCGUGUACUCUUCUCCUUCUCUCUCCAUCUCACUCGCUGUGGUCAUGCAAUUGGCUGGUGUAGCCAAAUAGUUGACUGUUCCGCUGCCUGCCCGUUACGCCCGACGCACUAGACGCCUCGCACAACCGUCGCACUGGCGUCGUUUUGUGAGCGCGGCUUGAUGCCCGACUCGAUGAUGGAUAUGGAGCAUCGGGAUCAUCAGCUGCAUCGACCACUUCAUCCACAGCAGACGCACCGUGUGGUGGCCACCAGCAGCACCAGCACAUUUGCACCGCCAGCGCCAGCGCCAACAGCGACCGUUGAGGCGGCAUCAACGACAAGCGACAGGGACCACCAGCUGCCCAUAACAGGCACACCAAGCAUGCAGCACCAUCACCAGCAGCCACAGCAGCAGCAGCAGCAGCAGCAGCCGCCGCCGCAGCAGUUGCAUCUGCAGCAGCAACAACAGCCACCUCAAUUAAGAGAACGCGAACACCACCAACAGCAACCACAGCAGCAGCAGCAGCAGCAGCAGCAACAGCAGCAAAUGCAGCAGCAGCCAAUCCAACAACAGCAGCAGCAGCAGCUACCGCUGCCACAUAGCCAUCAUGCGUUGAUGCAGCAAUCGCAUCAGCAGCAGGCCAUUCACAGAGCCGAGCAGCGACGAGAUACACAAGCAAAACAUUCACAUGGAUUUCUCUAUUCGGACGAGGAAAUCAGCGACAAGGCGUCAACAUGCGGCAAAUUGCUCAUAUUUCUAUCCGUGGCACUAGUGAUAAUGACGCUGCCCUUCAGCCUGUUCGUCUGCUUCAAGGUGGUGCAGGAAUACGAGCGCGCGGUUAUCUUUCGCCUGGGUCGACUCAUGCAGGGCGGCGCCAAGGGUCCAGGCAUUUUCUUCAUAUUGCCCUGCAUUGAUUCAUAUGCACGCGUCGAUUUACGUACUCGCACCUACGAUGUGCCACCACAGGAGGUUCUCACAAAGGAUAGCGUUACGGUUUCGGUGGAUGCAGUGGUUUACUAUCGCGUAUCAAAUGCGACCGUCUCUAUAGCGAACGUGGAGAAUGCUCACCAUUCGACCAGACUACUGGCACAGACUACUCUACGAAACACAAUGGGAACUCGGCAUUUGCAUGAGAUACUCAGCGAGCGUAUGACGAUUUCCGGCACCAUGCAGGUUCAGCUCGACGAAGCGACCGAUGCUUGGGGCAUCAAAGUUGAACGUGUUGAAAUCAAGGAUGUGCGUUUGCCCGUCCAGCUGCAACGAGCCAUGGCCGCCGAGGCUGAGGCAGCACGUGAGGCACGGGCCAAAGUUAUUGCCGCCGAGGGCGAGCAGAAAGCAUCGAGAGCGCUGCGUGAGGCAUCCGAGGUGAUUGGCGAUUCGCCGGCAGCGCUGCAGCUGCGCUAUCUGCAGACACUCAAUACCAUAUCCGCGGAGAAGAACUCAACUAUUGUAUUCCCGCUGCCCAUCGAUUUGAUAACAUAUUUCCUGAAGACUUCGGAGGCAACCACGCAACAGAAUGCGGCUGCAGCAGUUGCUGCCCAGCAGCAGCAGGCGCAACAGCAUCAGGGAAUCAUGCAGCAGCAGCAAUAUGAUCAAGAUACAUAUUCUCCAGCAAGAAUACUCUCCUAUAUAGUACAUCACGAACGAGCAUUAAAUAUGUAG